GCCAAUUGCUGGCCUGAGGUGGGGGAGAUCGCUCCUCGGAGUCCGCCCGCGACUAUGGAACAGGCAGUAAUUGCUGGAGACAGCGAGAGCUGGGGGCUGGGCUGAGGUAGCCAUGUAUAAAUAGUGUGAUCUCAAAUUGAAAGGCAUAAAUAACAGCAGGAGUGAUCUAACCCCUAUACAGCGCCCCGUCUUCGACGUGGUCUUGUUGUUGUACUGAUGAUGAUGGUAAUGAUGGUGAUGAAGAGAACGAUAAUGAUUUAAACCAAAGCAAAGCACCUUACGGCAGCCUGGACCAGAAGGACACGCUCCCAGCUCUUCUGAGUGCAAACACACACCACCGCCAACCCCGCCAAAUCCAGGAGCCGGAGGAUCUCACUGUGGAUCAAGAUUGCGUUUUUUCCGCCCACUCCCCAGCCGGGUCGCCAUGGAAGAACUUACAGCGUUUGUCUCCAAAUCUUUUGACCAGAAAAGCAAAGAGAGCGGCGGCGGCGGUGGAGGUGGCGGCGGCGGUGGCGGCGGCGGCGGAGGCAGCGGCGGGGGCAACGGCAACAAGAAGGAGAGCAUCACGUACCGGGAAGUUUUGGAGAGUGGGCUGGCGCGGUCGCGGGAGCUGGGCCACUCGGACGCCACCAGCCUGCAGGAGCUGGCCGAGAGCGGCGCCCACUGCCCGGUGCACCUCUUCAAGGACCACGCGGAGGGCGACAAGGACAAGCUCAAGGACUUCAACCACGCCAGCAGGACCUCGGAAGGGAUCUAUGAGUGCAAAGACAAGCGGGAGGACGUGAAAUCGGAAGACGAAGACGGCCAGACCAAGCUGAAGCAGAGGAGAAGCAGAACCAAUUUCACACUGGAACAGCUGAACGAGUUAGAGAGGCUUUUUGACGAGACGCAUUAUCCGGAUGCCUUCAUGAGGGAGGAGCUGAGCCAAAGGUUGGGGCUGUCUGAAGCCAGAGUCCAGGUUUGGUUCCAGAACAGACGAGCCAAAUGCCGAAAGCAAGAGAACCAGAUGCAUAAAGGGGUGAUCCUGGGGACGGCCAGCCAUUUAGACGCCUGCCGGGUGGCACCUUACGUGAACAUGGGCGCCCUGAGGAUGCCUUUCCAACAGGUCCAAGCUCAGCUGCAGCUGGAAGGCGUCGCCCAUGCCCACCCUCACCUUCACCCUCACCUGGCUGCUCAUGCCCCUUAUCUGAUGUUCCCACCCCCCCCUUUUGGACUUCCAAUUGCCUCUUUAGCAGAUUCCGCCUCUGCGGCUGCUGUGGUGGCUGCAGCUGCAAAGAGCAACAGCAAGAACUCCAGUAUCGCUGACUUGAGGCUCAAGGCCCGGAAACAUGCUGAGGCCCUGGGGCUUUGACAUUUCCUUCCCAGAUGCCUUUUCAUUGCCAGGGAUGGACAAAAGCUCUCUCCUCUAGCCAGUCUCCAAGCUCAGCGGGGAUAAGGACAACUUGCUACCUUUUGAAAGGCCUACGAGUACUUCUAGAGACGAUCACCACUGGCCUGUCCCUUCCCUCCUUCCUUCCUUUUAUUCAGAGACUUCUGCAACAUAUUCAGUUGACCUGAGGACUGAAGGACUAACUGGCUUAACCUACGUUUUUGUUUUUAAAGGCACUUAGUGCUAAUUACUGCAGUUAAACUGUUCUUCUGCUUCAGAUACAUCAUGCUAGGGGCAGGGGGGGAUCAUCCUGAAUCCUAGUUAUAAAUAUAUAUAUAUUAAAAAAACCCCAACCCUGACAAAUUUUGGAGAAAGGUAGAUGGGGGUGGGGAGAGAUCUCUGAAUCACCUGACAUCUGUGUAUCUUGGGGAACUGGAAUGUGACCCUGGCCAAAGUGACCAUCCUGUCAGCCCGACACCGUUUGCUGCUGCCAGUUUUGCUACUUCGUGCAUGUGCCUAACUUUAAACACCGUUUGAAAAUCACCAAUUAUAUUGAAACAAAAAAACCUUUAAAAAAUCUUGGGGCUGGUCUCCAUUAAGAUGACAUUUUUUCUUUGUUGCCAACAGUAUUAUUUCAAUCCCAUGAAUUUCUUCCAUCACUGAGGAGCUGCUGCUGCUGCUGCUGCAGAACUGGUUUGAAUUUAAAUGUGGCGUUUCAGAUCUGAGACAAGGCAGUUUUCUUCUUUAAACGAAGCAGCAAUAACACAAAAGUGUGUCUAAAAGGCUACAUCCUUCUCAAGGAAUGACGAGGACGACAACAACAAAAGAUUGUAUGUGUGUGUGUGUGUGUGAGUGAAAGACAUCCAAAUGUGUGGUGGUCCAAAUGAUGGGAACAAUUAAAACACAUCUGUUUUACUAAGAACCACCUGAACAAGCUGAAAUGCUUGUGCCAUACGAACAGGUUUACUUCAUCAAUUUUAUUUCCAAAUUUCUGGAUCUCUGAGGAAAACCUUGUUGGUUUGCAGGAUCUAGAGUGGUUGAUUCAUCUGUCAAAGAUGGACACACAGUUUUAAAAGCAUAAUACUGAUGCAGCGUUAAUUUUAGUGAAAUGCAAUUAAGUGCAGUAAAGUGCAAUACUGUAAAUAUUAUAGAUUAAAAGAGGAAAAAAAAAAUAGCCGUGCAUUCUUAUUCUGUUCAUAACCAACUCCGCAGGAAGUGCAACCCAGUCCCCUGCGCUCAGACCUGGGAAUUGCUGUUUGUUGCCAAAAUGAUAUAGUCUGAGCCUUUGACAGAUUGGUAAAGAACUAUGAAUUGCAUAUAUAAAAAAGAAAUGCCAUGAUUUUGAAUCCAGUUUGUGUGCCAUAUUUCUGGGAACUAAACUUAAAUGCCUGUAUUAAUUAUUAUUAUUAUUAUUGUUAUUAUUAUUAUUAUUUGGCAAUUUGUUUGAAAGUAAGGAAACAACACCUAAGUCGAUAUCAUGUAGAAGUGGACAAGUUCAGUCUUGAGGGUAGGGUGGGGGCAAAAAGUCAUACCAAUUUUAUACACACCAAACGUGAGCUCGUUUGAGCUCAUCAGUUAGUAGGAACUAUAAGUACCACUCAUAGAAAUGAAGGAAAAACUUUUGAAAUUGUAUUACCAAAGUGUCUGGGUCUAUUAAACCCAAAGCUCUCACUCAUGUAAAUCUCUUCAAAUCAAUGUAUUAACUGGUGCUUCUUCUGGAAACAGAUACUGGCCUUGUCUACUUCUAUCUCCUUUUUGGCCUUUGAUACCAAGGCUUCAUUGAUGGAAUCUUUGCCUCUCAAUAGCAAUGUCAUAAAAUCAUUAAGCCUGUUCUGUUUGCCCUCAAGUGUUUUUUCUUGUCCAAACAAUCUAUUAAUAGUUUGGGCUUUUUGUUGAUUUAAAACAAACCAUGUCAAUUGGACAGAAAUCCAUUGCAUUUUUAAAACAGUAGAUAUUUGCUCUCUUCUAAUUUUGGUCUUUGCUAACCAGCAUAUAAACUCAUUGUUGGGGUGUUCCCCUUUCUCCACCUAUAUAUUCUGUGCGAAGUAAUUAUAUUUUGGACAUGUUUAAGAGUUGAUACAUUUUAACCUGACUUCCUACCUCUUUGUGAAAGCCCCAGUACCUCUUUAUGCCAAGACUAUAAUGAAAAUAGAAAAUCAAACAUAGCCGCAGUCCUGCACACAGAUGUAUGUACAUGACCACUGAACUAUCUGGUCAGACAAAUAUAUGACAACAUUUAAAACUGGCUUCAUAGAGAUUAACUGCCACUGUAUGCUCCAAGGAAUCUUGGGAAUUGUAGUCUUGUUAAGUUUUAUUCAAAGUUUUCUGACAGACACGCUGAGUGCCCUCACGCAAUUCCAAGUUCCUUUAAAAAAAAAAAAGCCAUGAUGGCUUAACUAGAUUUGAAUUCAUUGUAUGGAGGUGCCCUUAGAAGUGGGAAGCUCUGUGGAGGGUUGUGGCCAAGCCACAUAAUCUAUGAGGAAUGUCUUCUGUGAAAGUCUCACUGAAUGAAAGCAAUGAGAGUAGCACAAAGGCAGGACGGUGGAUUGUGCUUUGAGCUAUGGAAAAGAUAAACGCUGUCAGUCAGUGCUUUAUGAACCUGUAUGUCACUCAAACUAGAAAAUGGAAACAUGAUUUAUCAUAAUAGAUUAUCAUGUAGUAGAACAAAAACAGCAAAUAUUAUUUAUCUCCUGUCUCAUACGGGUUCAGCACUCUAAAUAUCUAGAUGGGAAAAGGGAACUAUUUGGAUCUAAUUAGCUUCCUGCUGCAGUCAAUAUGUUCUUCUUUAAUUCACCAUAAUUAAAGAAGCACUAAUCUAUGGCAGUACACAGCUCUGCUAGAGGUUCACAGCCAUCUGGCCUAUUCUGACUAUCUAAUGCUGAAGAAUGUUUUCUACUUAACUUGCCCCGGGUCCACCUCCUUCAAUAAGACUAAUGAAAGCUAUAUUUUAUAUACACGUAUGGUGUACUACAGAAUCCCCUGUUUUAAACGGGAAAAAUCCAUCUCCCUUGGUAGUCAGCAUGUAUGUAUUAACUGGGCAUUUUGUAAUGUAUAGCUUUCCUUAGCACUGUUGUGGGGGGAGGAGGGGUCAAAUUUAAUAGAAAACAUCUAUUGCAUCCAAACUUCAGUUUGAUCUGCAGGCCACUGAAUUGGUUAUUGAUUAGUUAUUUUUGAUAAUCAAUAGGCCACAGUCAAAUCGGCCACUCAGAUAAGCUUAUUCUGGCCCUUUAAAGCAGAGUCCAAUGGAAAGAAUUUCCAAAGAACAAAAGGCAUGUACUUGACACGAAUGAAACUGAUUGGUGUUUUGUUGGCCUGCCAUUUUGUGCCCUGGAAGUAUCUUUGCAUAGCUCUUUGAAAAAGCUAAGGUGAACCACAAAAGUUCUUGGUGUGCAUUUCUUGGUGUGCAUUCUCCUUCUAACUCAUUUCUACUACAUUUGGAAAACUAAAGUGAUCCCUGACAUUUAAAAAAAAACAAUCACAAAAAACAACUUGGGGAUAUCUACAAUAAAAUCUUCACAUGCUUAUAAUACUUGUGUUUUCAGAAAGGAUGUACCAAUGCCAUCUAAUAAACUUGAAGGGUUUCUCUGUCACACUGGGUCACAGGGUUUCUCUGUCACUGUUGGGGACAGCAUAGAGUAUGUAAUCAGGGAUGGAGAUACCACAUUACAUGUAACAAGGGAUGUUACAUUUGGUAGUGAAAUUAGUCUGGGCCUGCAGUAAUUCUCUGUCCAGAAAAGAACUGGUAGAUUUGUAGCCUGAUCUUAAAGAACAGAACUGCCUCAGAGUGGCCACAAUCUAGUGCACUCAACAGCCUUAAGUGCACACAGCUCUGAAUUGAAUUGCAAUUAUUGGUUGACAUCCUGGAUACAUUACUUGACAGAAGUCCCAUUGAAAUAAAUAGGACAAGUUAGUCUCUAUUAAUUUCAAUGGGACUUGCAUAAAGAAAUUUAGUUAGGAUGAUAGCCCUUAGUUUUUUAGGACUGGGUUGUAGGCACAAAAAUAACUUCCACGUAGGCAAAAUGAGCUUGUGCUAUCAGAUAUGAAAUAUGGCAUGUAUAUUUGUUUUAUCACAAGUGUGUGCUACAUAGCCAAUUCCUCUGUCUGUGUACCUGCCACACAAUAAGCACUUUCUCUCAUCACCUUGUACAUGCUAGUGCUUUUACCUGCAAAAAGGUUUUCUUAUCCUAGGCAAAAGACUAGCUAGGAGUGGCUCUCAAUCAUUUCAGCAAAUAUUUUGUCAAGAUGUAACCUCUCUGCUAGAGCAGGAAGAAACAGGUUGUAAUGACUGCCAUAGAAACAGCAGAUCUAAGAAAUAUGCAUUGCUGAGGAAUGUAUGGAACAGGGCAGUCUGUCUCAGUGUAACUACAGAAACACAUUAUGAGUUUAAAAUUGAACAAUAAUAGCAAAUGCUGGCCUUACAAUGACUGGUAAUAAUAGAUAGUAGUUUGUUUUCCCUGCCUCAGAGUGCUGAAAGUGGCAUGAAAAAGACAUCAUUGCCCAUUGAGUGCAUAUUUGUCUCUAUUUACAGGCUUUGUUGGGGUGUUUUUGUAGUGUUUCAAAAAUCCACACAACCUUUUUGACCAUGGAACAACAUGGGGACACAACAUGAGAACAAAAGUGUGCACAUCAUGCACCACAAGAAACAAUGGCUCUAUGAUAGCAUCUUCAGCAUUCUUUUUGACGCAUCAGUCUUCAGUCAUGGAAACAAAGAAUCACAUGUUGUAGGUGCUGGUUGUGGUUUGACUUUUUUGGUCUCAGCAGAUGGACAGUUGGAGUGACAAUUGGCUCAAAAGAAAAAGCAGUUCUGGCGCUGAAUAGUCCCAAGUACAGUCACCUUGUCUCCCUUAGCGGCCAGCCUUUUAUAAACAAAAAGUCAUGAAUGCUCUCGAUUGGGGGAGUUGUCCCCAAGUAUGGCUAUAUAUCUGCUGUCCAGCUGACGGGAACCAUAACAAACAACUAAACUGUAGCAGGACUGAUCUGCAUCAGAGAAGAAUAUUGCCUUCCUGCACUUCAUCCAGCGCUCUUUUAUGUCGCCUUUCUCAUAUAUUUCUCUACUGUAUUAGCAGCUGAGGAAAUGAAAUGGAAAUGGGAAUCAUUUGCAAAUGUCAAAAUAAUAUUUUUACUGUACUGCAGAAUUGUGGAGCUACAAUUCUGGUAGAAAUGGAAGAGCUAACUGAAUACUGCCAGAUCCAGCAGUCAUUGAGAAAGUGAGUACCUUCAAACAUGCAAGGAGGCAUAUUGUUUGGGCUUGUCCCACCUCACAGUGCAUAUGGGAAAUCACUUGUUUCAAAGGGACUCCAUCUCAAAAGACUCCUUAUGCUUGGAAAGCUAGCACAUCACAUAUAUAAGGCUUUCAGUCUAAUUUUAUGACAUAAUAAAAUAUGUAGGGAGCUUUUGUAUGGGUGUGCAACCUCUGGUGCAUUGUGGGUUGGUUCAGAUUCAUGAGAGGACAAUCCCACAUGUUCAGUCUCAUGAGAGGACUGUUCCACAAAUGCUUUCCAUAAUGUUUAGAAUGGCUCAUUGGUUGACAAAAGGAGAAGGUGGUCUUAUAACUUGAUCUAAUGUUGUGAUGUAUAGAUCUAGGAAGGAUGCUAUACAAUCCAGUAUGGUUGUGGUUUCAGGGAUGUAUUUGGGAAGGCCAAGUUGACUCACCUUUGCAGUAUGAGAAGGUGACUGUGCUGUAUGUUUGUGUGGCUGUUUUCUUCCAUCACAGUCUCACUGAAGUGAAUAGGCUUUGGCUGACCCAGCUUAUUUCCAGGCCACUGGAAGCAACAUGGUUUGCUGAAAAGCAUUGCUUCUGAUGCACAGAAUUAAUCUGGUUCAACCAGAACCCCUUCACAUAAAUCUUGAGGGUGACUUUCUGGAGAGCACUGUGUUUACACAAGCCUUCCAGAACUGAUUCAACUGAAGUGGUUGUAGAAUGGGAUUCAGGAUCCUUUUUCGGAACGGGGCAGUGGUGCAAACCAAAUAUGAUAGUGGCAACUCUGAAUUCAACCAUGUACUUUAGACAGUUCUGGUCCUAAGAAGCUUAUGUGUCUCAGCCAUCAGUGGGCACACUUUCCUGGGUGUGGAUGCACAGCAGGUUAUGUGGACUAGGACCCAAAGUCUCAACAGGCCACCAGAUGCAUGGUUUUGCACAUGUAGAAAUGGAUCCCUGGCUGUAGAUAUUUUCUUCCAUGUUACCCCAGGGAUUACAUGCCAGGCUACUUAUGUGAAAUGGCUGUAGUGCAUACGCAAUGCUUUCUUUGUGUGGAGUGGGUGGUUGCUGGAUCAGGGCAACAGACUAAAGAGUAAGUCAACUCAGGCUACAAUUGUGGUUCAACAUUCUCUGCAGCUGGAACUAAUUUAAGUGAAGGCCACUUAAUUUGAGCUUUUAGUUAUGAAAAUCUGCAGUUUAUAAAUGACAUUCAGCAAAGCUAAAUGGAUGUUACUGUACCUAACCUUGUUUAACACCAAACAAAAAGAAAUCUGUUGGGUUAUUUUGAUGUAGGACAGCCUUAUAAUUAUGCACUGUUAGGUUUACUCCAAAUAUAACAACUUGGUUAAAAAAACUGAUCCUAGGUAUGCUUACUUGAAAGUAAGUCUCACUGUAUUCACUGGGGCUUACCCAAGGUAAAUGUGCAGAGGAUUGCAACCUAAAAGCUUUGCCCGCAGCUUAAUACAAGCAAUAACCUUAAUCAUAACCUUAGAAAUAUAUUCCUAUUUAACUCUAAAUAUGACCUCUUGGAUUGCCGAUAAUUCCUGAUGGUCAAAGCCAGGGCUGCCCCCUGGUGGGGUGCAGGGCCUGGGGCAAAUCAGCUAGUGCGGGACCCCCUUCCAGUUAAUUUUAAUGGGGCUAAAAGAGUGGGGCACAGGGUGGUCACCCAGCUUGCCCUGCCCUAAGGACAGAAGCAGAUUUUAAAGAGAAAUACUUUCUCUUUUGUAAAACAACACCACUCCACUCCUAACAUAAAACUAUUGCAGACUAUUGUCAAUAAUUGAAGUGCCAGUGGUAGUGUGUUGGUAACCUGGCACAGUUGUGCCUCUUUUAGUCUCUUGAGAUAGUACUGAGAACCAAAUACCCAAACUAAUGAACCCCAGGUGAGCUCUCACUCUCACCCGAUUAAACGCUCUACCUACAGUGGUUUUAUUUGGAAGAUUCGCAGGCACGUCAAGUGUAUCCAGAGUGUGCCCAUGUGGAUCUGGCCAUAUUGAAACAACCGCUCAUGUCCUGUUGUACUGUGAUCACUCUAGAGGAGUAAGAUGUAAAUUCAUAGCCCCGCUCUUGAAUAAUUUCCCGGGUCAUCAAGAUGAAUUUUAUUUAAAUUAUCUGCUUACCAACCUAAACUCUGAUGUUGUAGAUACGGUGGCUAAAUUUUGCUAUAUAAUAUGUCAAACGCGGACUCACAUGGUGUGAUGAACUUUCUAUUGCCGUUCCUAUUUUCAUUUUUAUCUGUUUUUAUUUUAUUUUAUUUUACUGGUCUAUGACCAAAAUAAAUAUAUAUUAACUAAUGAACCUAUUUUAAAUCUUGAAUCAGAGAAGGCGGGUUAGAAACAAAUUACACAAACAAUUCUUAAUUGGUGUUAGUGGGAGUCAUGCAAGUACGUGUACCUUGUGGAGAAUAUUAGGGCAUGAUUUGGCCAAAGUUAAGAAUUUGUUCCACUGAGUUCAAUGGAAUAGUUUAAAUAUGUGCAUACUAUCUGAUUGAAAUCAACAGGAUUCACCAAUGCUUAACUUUGGUUAAGUUGUGCCAUAAUGUUUUAUGGUCUGAAUGAACCUGUCCUUAACAUUGUGCCAUGCUGGGAAUUAAUAUUCUGUUUUACUUCAAAUAUGAACAAACAGUCCAUGAUAUAUCAAUUUUUUCUUGGUUGUGGAUCCCUUGAGCAAAAUCCAAGCAAAAUGACAAACUCUUGAGUGGCUUAUCAUGACCUCUCUCUAUUCAGUACCAUUGCUGUUGAAUGAAUGGGAUGUAUGCAGAGAUGAUGCUUGGGGGAAUUACAUUCUCUGUUAAGAAGUUCAACAGCAUAUCAGCUGCUGCCUCUUUGGCCAUAGUAUUAGUCACCCUAAGAGUUACAGUGGAGUUGAGAAGGCUGAAUAUUAAAACAAUUCAGAUGCAUUUGAUUGAUGAUAUUUGGUGCUUAUCAAGAAUCAGCUAAGUCAUAGAGAAACUAUCAGAUCUACAAUGGAAAAUAUUUAUUGAACAGGAGUAUUUCAUUAAACCUAAGCCUACAGUAUGAUAUGUGUGACUUGCAUCACAGAUGGGCAGAUUUCUCUGUUUAUUGGUAUUGGUAUAUGUGGAUGUUUUAUUUAUUGUUUUGUUUAAAAAAUUCUAAAUGUAUAAUAUUUUAAUUAUGUUGAGUGUACAUUUGAGAAUGCUUUGCAUUUUAAAGAAAUAUUUUUGAAGCAGUCGCUUUUGCUGAAUUAUGGGCAGCCAGUACAAAUUCCAGUAUCAUUGCAUUGUAUUGAUUCUGUAUACACAGUCUGGAUUUACAGGCAUUUCAGGGAUUUCUAUAAUAGGAAAAAUGCCCCCCUGCCCUGUCUAAAACCAACUCGUCUUAAGUUAUGUAGCCCUUUGCUAUUGUGGAACUAAGAAAAACAACCAAUACUUUCCCCAUUUUAGUUAUGUCAGCAUGCUCCUUCAUGAAUUCAGACACAUGGAGUUCCAGUUCCAGUGUGUAUUAUGUCAAAUCACAUGAUAUGAAUGUACAUCUUGUAAAAGUGAGAUAUGAAUAAACUUAUAAAUGUUUGUAA